GCCUGUGACGCCGUAACAAUAUAUGAGUAAUCAGAUUUUAGGAUCCUGGGAACUGCCAUCGAAUUCGAUCGACGAGCAGGAGGAACAAAACCCAGAGCAGAAAAAAAUUUGAAAAAAAAUGGGAUACGUACUGAGAGUGAGGACAGCAUCGUUCUUCGCGGGUGCAGCGGUGGCUUCUGCCAUGGGAAUUUAUGCUCUGCAACAGGAUUACAAAAAUGCCCAUCGCACCCAUUCUCAACAGGCAAUUGGCGUUUACCAGUCUUUGGAGGGAAGGAUCUCAGCUUUGGAAAAGUCACAAGAAGUCCAGCCUGCAAAAUCUGUUCAAGCUGCACCUUAGAAGUUAUAAGCUGUGCUUUUCUGAGUAGCAGUUGACUACUUCUCGACCCUUUUGAGGUUUCAAGCAUAUUUAGGUUUUGUUGUGUAAGGGUUCUGUGUGAUGGAAAACCAAACUGUCUUCACAUCAGAAUUUCACUAGUUAUGUAUUCAUAGUGGGAAUCAAUGGAAUGGACCUUGAAUUUUCAACUUCUCGUGGUUUAUUGUGUUUGUUGUAGUUUUUAUUCACAGGAGUUUGUUUGUUGUGAAUAUCUCAUCGACAAAUAAUAUGACUUAUUGAAUAUUUCUUUCCAAUAU